AUGUCGAGCAAGAAUAACUACUAUAUUGCCUCCUUCUCACCGGUGAAGGACGUUUAUAAGUCCGUUUCGACCAGCUCGAACUAUUCUUCUUCGUCGUCGCUAGUGUCCACAGCGAGUUCGGCCCGACCACAGUCGCAACAAUCGCAGCAACAUAUUAGCAAGACCACGCACGUCAAGAAUUCUGCUUCGUUCAGCAGCUGCUCCCUGCUGACGAAGGUGGCCAAAAAAUCCGGUCUUUCCGGUUCACUGACUGCUAACUCGCUGCUGAAGUUCUCUACUUCCAGCUCCGCCAACAGUUUGCAGCAGCUAAAGCAGCAACAGCAAGCCAAUGGUAUCACUAUUUCCAGCAACAUUACGGAAGCUUUAGCAAUGGCCGGUCAGAAUCCAAAUCCUUGCUUGUCAGCAUCGUCAUCCGGACAGCUCCGAACGCCACCGUCUGCUUCCUCGACGACGUCGUUAGCCUCUUCGACGACAUCCACCGUGACGGCAGCUGCUGCAGCUCCUGCAACAUCUUCCACCACUGCUGCUGCUGCUCUCUCGUUGUCGCAGUUCAGCAAGAACAACAUUGUUGAUUAUUAUGUUUAA